AUGGCAGAUUCUAAUAAGAGGAAAGCCGGCAGUGGUUCCUCAGGCGGUGCUGGUUUCAAAAAGAAGAAGAAGGGCAACAAUGGCAAAUGGAAGGUUCCCAGGGCAGAGGCAUCAGACAGGCCCAAGGCCAAUGCCAUCGAGCCUGGCGACAUGGGCAUCUGGGUGACCUGCCCCCUGCACGUCAAGGGGAAGGCCGCGAGGGAGAUGGAGCUCCUGUUCGACGAGUAUGCCGAGAAAAUGUACGGAAUCAAAUCCAGGGAGGAUGACAACGCUUCGGAUGCGGAGGACGAGGACAUCGAAUCCGCCAUCAAGAAGGAACUCGGCGCCUUGAAGGACAAGGGCAAGCGGACAUCCGACAGUGUGCUCGCAGAGGUGCGAAUCAAGGAGGAGUGCGUGCUCUUCACGCGAUGCAGGGCCCCAAUAGAGCCCGUCGAGUUCGCCAGGCGCAUUUGCCAGGAUGCGGCUACCACUGGCCACGGAGGUGCCAAGGCCCGGUAUCUGAACAGGCUGACGCCUCUCACUGCCAUCGCAAAGGCUUCCGAGAGCGGCCUCGACGAUGCGACGAGGAAGGCUCUCGCUGGACACUUCAAGCUCAAUUCUGCUGGCACUGGAGAAGACUCGAGCCCCGGAGCCGCAGAUGCACAGUCCGAGGCCCAGCACGACGGAGCCGGCCAAGAGACACGGCCUGCGACGUACGCCAUUCGACCGUCUAUACGCAGUCACAGUACCCUGAAGAGGGACGACGUCAUCAAACGCAUCGCUGAAUCCAUCGAUCCCAUCCACAAGGUGAACCUUGGUUCCCCAGACAAGGUUAUUCUGGUGGAAAUUUACCAGACGGUCUGCGGGUUGAGUGUUGUCCCCGGCGACUGGGAGAGUCUGAAGAGGUACAACCUGACAGAACUCUACAAACUGUCAAGCGAACGCAAGGCUGAAGCCACUGUGCCUGAAGAGAAGAGUGUUGGCGCCGAGGCACCUUCGACAACAUAG